UUGAUAUAAGCGAUAUCUUCCCUAGCUUAUUUUCCAAGUUAAAAAUAACUCGUUGUGUUCUCUAAAUCCCAUUUCCCAACUACCCUCCAUAUCCACCAUCUUUGGUUAGCUUCUAAUUAUUUCUUUCUCACUAUUAGCUCAAUAGAUUUUCAUCAGCUUUUGAGACUGAUGCGACGUUCCCAUGUUACUGUAUAUGUUUUAGAGAAACAUUGGCAUGCAAUAACUAAUAAGUAUUAUUACCAUUUGAUUAGUGCACUAAUCUUUUUGAUAUAGUAAUUCACAGUAUUAAAGUCCUGGUGUCCUACUCCUACAUGGUAAAAGAAUAUGUGAUAUGGCUUGGAAUCCUGAUUCAAAUAAUGAGAAAGCCGAAACCAAGGAGAUGGACAUUAGAAAUCUGUCGUCAUCUCAGUUUCACGUUCACAGUGAAUCCAAUCUUCACAAGGUGGCGGUUCCGCCUAAGCAAAACCUGUUCCAGGAAUUCAAAUCCACCAUGAAAGAAACAUUAUUUGCUGAUGACCCUCUGCGUGCCUUCAAGGACCAACCCAGUUCUCGAAAGUUCAUCCUCGGAAUCCAGGCAAUCUUCCCCAUUCUUGAAUGGGGAAGGAGUUACACCUGGAGAAAAUUUCGUGGUGAUAUCAUAGCAGGACUCACUAUUGCCAGUCUCUGCAUUCCUCAGGACAUUGGUUAUGCAAAGCUAGCAAACUUGGAUCCGCAGUAUGGAUUAUACUCCAGUUUUGUUCCUCCAUUGAUUUAUGCUUUCAUGGGAAGUUCAAGAGAUAUCGCCAUUGGACCAGUCGCAGUGGUAUCUCUUUUAUUAGGGACCAUGCUUUCAGAUGAGAUGGACCCUAAAGAAAACAAAGCCGAGUAUCUGCGGCUUGCAUUUACUGCUACCUUUUUUGCAGGCGUCACUCAAGCAACUCUCGGUGUUCUUAGGUACUACUUGUUGGGCUUCUUGAUUGAUUUCCUGUCCCAUGCUGCCAUCGUGGGUUUUAUGGCUGGAGCUGCCGUCACAAUUGCCCUUCAACAGCUUAAGGGACUUCUGGGUAUAAAAGAUUUCACAAAGAACCCAGAUAUUGUUUCUGUAAUGCAAUCUGUAUGGGGCAACAUUGAUCAAUGGAACUGGCAGACAAUAGUCAUUGGUGUUUGCUUUUUAUCCUUCCUCUUGUUCGCGAAAUACAUUGGAAAAAAGAACAGGAAAUUCUUCUGGGUGCCUGCUAUAGCUCCUCUGAUAUCUGUUAUUCUCACCACCUUCUUCGUUUUUAUAACGCGUGCAGAUAAGCAAGGAGUUGCCAUUGUGAAGCACAUUAAGCAAGGAAUCAAUCCCACAUCUGCGAAUCAAAUUUACUUCAGUGGUGAAUAUCUUAAAAAAGGUAUAAAGAUCGGUGUCGUUGCUGGUAUGAUAGCAUUGACGGAAGCUGCCGCCAUUGGAAGAACUUUUGCUUCAAUGAAAGAGUAUCAAAUAGAUGGAAACAAAGAAAUGAUGGCAAUGGGAGCUAUGAAUAUCGUUGGUUCAAUGACUUCCUGCUAUGUUGCCACGGGUUCAUUUUCUCGAUCUGCAGUAAAUUUCAUGGCAGGGUGCGAGACAGCGGUCUCUAAUGUCGUUAUGUCCUGUGUUGUGUUUUUAACCCUGGAAUUCAUAACACCUCUUUUCAAGUACACCCCAAAUACCAUCCUCGCUGCUAUCAUUAUAAAUGCCGUGAUUGGGCUUUUUGAUGUUCCGGCAGCAAUUUUGAUAUGGAAGAUUGAUAAAUUUGAUUUCGUUGCAUGCCUGGGAGCCUUUCUUGGAGUCGUCUUUCAGUCGGUUGAGAUCGGCCUCCUAAUUGCUGUCAUAAUAUCCUUUGCUAAAAUCCUCUUACAAGCUACUAGGCCUCGAACCGCUCUUCUUGGUAAGAUCCCCAGUAGUACUGUGUAUCGAAAUAUCCAACAAUAUCCUGAAGCAACCAGAGUUCCUGGUGUUUUGAUCGUUAGUGUUGAUUCUGCUAUUUACUUUUCCAACGCUGGCUAUGUCAGGGAGAGGAUAUUGAGAUGGUUAAUGGAUGAAGAAGAGCAAGUAAAAGCUGCUUGCCAACCAGCAAUCCAGUUUUUGAUAAUUGAGACGUCGCCUGUAACUGACAUUGAUACCAGUGGCAUCCAUGCCAUGGAAGAACUACACAAGAGUCUUCAGAAAAAGAAUGUCCAGCUGGUUCUGGCAAAUCCUGCACCCGUGGUAAUUGAAAAGCUCCACUCGUCGAAAUUCACUGAUAUAAUCGGCGACCACAGGAUCUUCCUAACUGUUGCAGAUGCCGUGUCAUCGUGUUCUCCGAAAUGGGUGGAGGAAGAAGUUUGAAUUAAUGCACGAUAGCAAAAUGUGCAUGUAGAAGAAGGGAAGGAUCCAAGGUGUAAUUUAAUAAUGAGGGUGUCAAUUAGGAAACUGAAUGUAUAAUAAUAUAAUAUGUUUAUAGAUUUGCUAAAAGAAAUGUAAUGGAAUCCGAAGUUGUAUCUGGAUAGUUUCAAGAGUUUGUUAACAUGGGGAAUCAGUUAUAUAAACCGAUUCUCUAUGUGGCAGGGAUAACCAGGUUAAUAAUUGUGGGAAAUGGAAUGAACAUAGACAUCAGGUGCAGCCAGAUUCAUUAAGCAGUCAACCCACGUUUAGAUGUUAUGAAGACGUGGCCACAGAGGAUAAGGUUAUGGUAAUAGUGUCCCCAGUUUUCCAAUUUUCAAAAGACACCUCGCUUGAAAACUGGUUUAUUUAAUUCCAGAUAGUGAACCAGCGUUAUCAACAUUCAACA